AUGGCCGACGACGACCAGCGCUCCGAGGCCGAGCGCCAGGCGGCGGCCGCCGCCGCCCAGGCCGCGGCUGCUCGCGAGGCUGCCCUCGACGCCCUCGAAGCCAAGCACGCCGCGGUCCACGCCCAGGCCCUUGCCGUCGUCAACAUCAAGGUGCUGAUCCCCAUCACCCUUGAUCGCAUCGCCAACAACAAUGAUCGCUGGCGCAAGGUCUUCCUCGUCAUCCUCGGCAAGUACGCGCUCACCGACCACGUGCUGUCCGAUGCCGCGCACCCCUCCCGCUCGGCGUGGGUGCAGAUGGAGUGCACUGUGCUGUCGUGGAUCUAUGGCACGAUCAGCGCCGAUCUACAGCAGCAGGUCAUGCUCAAGGAGCCCUCUGCCCGCGUCGCGUGGAUGGUCCUCGACGACGAGUUUCUAGGGCAGCGCGAAUCGCGCGCCCUCCUCCUCUCCGCCGAAUUCCGCAACUUCAAGCAGGGCGCCCUCAACAUCACCGACUUCUGCCGUCGGUUGGAGACGAUGGCCAGCGCCCUAGGUGAACUCGGUGAUCCGGUCGGCGAUCGGACUUUGGUGAUGACGCUGAUCCGUGGCCUCAAUGGCACUUUCCGCCACAUGAUGUCGCAUCUGAAACUCCAGCGCCACUUCCCCACCUUCAACACGGCGCGCAAUCUUCUUCUCCUUGAGGAGGUUGACCUCAAGGACGCGGCUGCCGACGGUCCGCCGCCGCCUGCGGCACUCUACACGUCCGGCGGCGGUGCUCCUCACCACCACCCUGGCGGGCAGUCCGGUGGGGGUCAAGGGCGCGCCCCCGCUGGAUCCUCCGGUGGCGGCCAUGAUGGCGCUGGUGGUGGCCAGCGCAAUAACCGGCGCCGCGGCAAGCCCAAGAACAACGGCGGACAGGGCGGCUCCGGCGGUCAGGGUGGCUCUGCCGGCCAGGGUACUGGUGCCCCGGGUGGUGGACCCCGGCCUGGCCCCACACCGCCACUAGCACCGAUCCCGAACCCGUGGGCCGGCACCGUGCCGCUUUGGCCGCACACCUACGGCCCCGGUGGCGUCGCAGCACAUCGUCCCUCGCCGCCGCCCGCGUUCCACGUACAGCCCUCCUACGUGCAGCAGAUGCCCUACAUGCUGCCGCAGGGGAUGGCCGGUCCUCCUCCUGGCUUUGGCUAUGGGGGCGGGCUGCCCUCUUCACCAAUGGCGCCGCAGCAGCAGCAGCAGCAGGCUCCAUGGACUCCCAUGGCUGGUGGGUCAUGGAACCAAGGCUCCCUCAUCGACAACUUCAGCACCAUGUCGCUCAAUGUACCAUCUCCCGCCGACGAGUGGUACCUCGACUCGGGAGCCGGCUCCCACAUGACCAACAGCGCUGGUAUACUCACAUCUUCCUGUCCCUCACCUUCCCAUCCUUCAUCUAUAAUUGUCGGUAACGGUGCGUCUCUCCCCGUUACUUCCGUCGGGUCCUCCUCUUUUAUCACGCCGCGUCGGUCACUAGUUCUUUCUAAUGUUCUUGUUGCUCCUGGCAUUAUUAAGAAUUUGAUUUCCGUUCGCCGCUUUACCACUGAUAAUAACUGUUCAGUCGAGUUUGAUCCGUUCGGUCUUUCUGUGAAGGAUCUUCAAACCAGGAGCGUGAUCGCCAGGUGCAAUAGUUCGGGUGAUCUAUGCCCGUUCUUUGUUGCACCCACCACCAGUACCACCGCCCUUGCUGCCACUACUGCCACGCCUACCCUAUGGCAUCGCCGUCUUGGUCACCUAGGGUCUGAUGCUUUGUCCAAGCUCAUUAGCUCCAAAGUUAUUUCAUGUAAUAAUAAGUGCACCACUGAACCUUUAUGCCAUGCUUGUCAAUUAGGUCGUCAUGUGCGGCUCCCUUUUAGUUUAUCUUUCAGUCGUGCGUCAAAACCUUUUGAUCUUAUUCAUUGUGAUCUUUGGACGUCUCCUAUUUUGAGUGCCUCCGGAUAUAAAUAUUAUCUUGUUAUUUUGGAUGAUUGCACUCAUUAUGCUUGGACCUAUCCUCUUCGUCUCAAGUCUGAGACCUUCGCCACGCUGUCCAACUUUUUUGCUCUGGCACGUACACAGUUUGGCGCCUCCGUCAAGGCCGUCCAGUGCGACAAUGGCCGCGAGUUUGACAACUCCUCGGCCCGCACGUUCCUCCUCACCCAUGGCGCCAUACUUCGUCUAUCGUGUCCCUACACUUCCCAGCAAAACGGCCGUGCCGAGCGCAUUCUUAGAACGAUCAAUAAUAUUAUUCGUUCUCUUCUUUUUCAGGCUAGUUUACCUCCUGUUUAUUGGGCUGACACUCUACAUAUUGCCACGUAUCUCCUAAACCGUCACCCCACUAAAACCCUAGCUGGCCGCACCCCUCACCUCGCGCUCCAUGGUACUCAACCGUCCUAUGACCAUCUCCGCGUGUCCUUCUACCGCCGCCGGUGA